CCCGCUGGGCGCCUUCAGUGGCAAAUUGGUUUGAUGGCUCUCGACUAGCGAUGGGAUCUUACAUCAUCUCUCGAAGACUCUGACCGGCGGGGAUUUGGCCAGUUCGGAGAAUGUUCAGUUAGCAGCUAUGGUGAGGCACAGCGUGAUGACGGAGUUGCAUGUCUUCCAGCAUUCGCUCCAGGGCAACUCCCUGGCUCUGGGCCAAGUAGGGCAAUGUUAUGGGGAACAGCAGCAGCAGAAUGGGAUCGUUUCAGAUGACAGGCAGCACAUCGCUCAAGUCCCUGCAGAAGUUGAGAAAAGCCAUCCUGUGAACAUCCCAGAUGCUGCCAAACGAAAAAAGAAGAAAAGAUCAAGAGCGACCAACAGCUCCACUGGCACUUUUGAUGGUAUAUCCAUUUUAGACCUCUAUAAGCUGACGGAUGAGGUGCUGGGCCAGGGGGCUUGUGCCAAAGUCCAAGGAUGCGUCAGCUUGCAGAACGGGCAGGAGUAUGCAGUAAAGAUCAUCGAAAAGAGUGCGGGUCACAGCCGCCGCCGAGUCUUCCGAGAAGUGGAGACGCUUUACCAGUGUCAAGGAAACAGGAACAUUCUGGAACUGAUUGAGUUCUUUGAAGACGACACUUGCUUUUAUUUGGUGUUUGAGAAAUUGCGAGGAGGGUCCAUCCUUACGCACAUCCAGAACCGGAAGCACUUUGAUGAGCUGGAGGCUAGCAAGGUGGUCCGUGACAUCGCCCAAGCGCUUGACUUUCUACACACAAAGGGUAUUGCUCACAGGGACCUCAAACUGGAUAACGUCCUUUGUGAACACACUGAUCAAGUGUCACCGGUAAAGAUCUGCGACUUUGACCUGGGAAGCGGCGUGCAGCUCAGCAGCGCCUGCACACCGAUAACAACUCCAGAACUCACCACACCGUGUGGCUCAGCAGAAUACAUGGCUCCAGAAGUGGUGGAGGUGUUCACCGACGAGGCGUCCUUCUAUGACAAACGCUGCGACUUGUGGAGCCUCGGGGUCAUUCUCUACAUCCUGUUAAGCGGCAGCCCCCCCUUCACGGGCCACUGCGGCAGCGAUUGCGGGUGGGACCGGGGGGAAACGUGCCGCACGUGCCAGAGUCACCUGUUCGAGAGCAUCCAGCAGGGCAAAUAUGAAUUUCCGGACAAGGACUGGGCUCACAUCACCAAUGCCGCCAAAGAUCUUAUCAGCAAGUUGCUGGUACGAGAUGCCACUCUGCGCCUCAGUGCCGCUCAGGUCCUCAAGCACCCGUGGGUGCAGGGGAAUGCACCAGAGAGAGGUCUUCCAACACCUCAUGCCUUACAAAGGAACAGCAGCACCAAAGACCUGAGCCAGUUCGCAGCCGAAGCCAUCGCCUUCCACCGGCAGCUGUCGCAGCACGACGAGCAGCAGCAAAAGGAGGAAGAAGACGAAGAGGUGUGCCCCGUCGUCAUUUGCUCCAUGAGGCUCUCUCCACCGUCCAACUCCAGACUGGCUCGCAGGAGGGCGCAGUCCAACGCCCUGCGCGGCCGAGACGGCACGGCUGAACUGACGGCCUGAAAAUGAGCCGCUUGGCAUCGUGUUUUGCGGCCGCGUUUUUCUUUCUUUCUUUUUUUUUUUUUUAAAUCUGUCCUCUGUGUGUGUGAUGGGCCUGCCUAUCAGGUCGUGUCGUGGAAGCUUUUCGCCCACUGCCUGUAAUCUUAUCACCUGCAGCAAAAGUAGCACUUCCUCUUGCGAACCUCUGGGAAGGUCCUGACAUCUUCAACCAAAUCUGUUUUUGUUAUCCCUCCCUCCCUCCCUCUUUUUUUUUUUUUUAAAGAAACAAGAAUUCGUUAAGUCAGUUAUUGUUUUUAUAUUUAUUGUUGUCACCUUGUUUUGUAUGAUUGAUUACCUUAUGAUCGCAUGAAGAAACAAUAGUCUUUUUUUUUUUUAAAUAACUAUGUUUAACUUUUUAUGCCUGUCAGUCUGUGCGAACGGAAGGGUCCGGAUGUGAACUAAGGUCAAGUGGGUUGUGAUUUCUAUUUUAUUUAAUUUUUUAAUUUUCAGACUGUGAAGAAAGAAGUAGUAAAUUGAUUUUUUCUUGUCAUUAAAUUUUCACAUAGAGUGCAUGUUAACUGCAGCACGAACAUCCUUUAAAAGUUUGACAUAGUAUUUCCAGUAUCAUCGUUAUACAUAUUGUGAAUUUUGAUUUGUCUCAAGCACAGUCAACGUGCAAGCCUGCUUUGCACAAGCCAAGGUUAUUUUUGGUACUUUUUCUAACCUGAUGCUUCCACAUGUUAUGUCUGGCAACUUAAAAUGUGAGAUGUUCUCUUGUUGAGGUUCAUGAUGCACAUUGUUAACAUUGAUGAAGGAAUUUACUGGAUUCCGCAUUGGUAUUAAAGGGAAUUUACU